CUCGCCUCAGUCAUUCCCUUCGAACCCUAGCCGCCAUCCUCCUCCUCCUCCUCCUCAUCGUACUCUCCGGCGAGACUCACCGUUGCUGAGAUGGCCGACACCCUGGUCCUCCGCGGUACGAUGCGAGGCCACAGCGAUAUGGUAACGGCCAUCGCCGCCCCCGUCGACAACUCCGACAUGAUCGUCUCCUCCUCCCGGGACAAGUCCGUCCUCGUCUGGCACCUCACCAAGGAUGCCCCCGCCGCUUUAGCCGACGGUUCUGGCGCCGGCUCUGCCUACGGUGUCCCCCGCCGCCGUCUUACCGGUCACUCUCACUUCGUCGAGGACGUGGUCCUCUCCUCGGAUGGCCAGUUCGCCCUGUCCGGCUCCUGGGAUGGCGAUCUCCGCCUCUGGGACCUCUCCACAGGCGCCACCACACGCCGCUUCUCUGGCCACACCAAGGACGUCCUCUCUGUUUCCUUCUCCGUCGACAACCGCCAGAUCGUCUCCGCCUCCCGUGACCGUACCAUCAAGCUCUGGAACACACUCGGCGAGUGCAAGUACACCAUCCAGGACGCCGACGCCCACACCAACUGGGUCAGCUGCGUCCGCUUUAGCCCCAACGCUUACCAGCCCACCAUCGUCUCCGGCUCCUGGGACCGCACUAUCAAGGUGUGGAAUCUGACCAACUGCAAGCUCCGGAGCACCCUCGCCGGUCACUCCGGAUACGUCAACACUGUUGCUGUCAGCCCCGACGGUUCCCUCUGUGCCAGUGGCGGCAAGGAUGGGGUCACGCUGCUGUGGGACCUCGCAGAGGGCAAGCGCCUCUACUCGCUUGAUGCUGGUGCCAUCAUCCACUCUCUUUGCUUCAGCCCCAACCGGUAUUGGCUGUGCGCUGCCACCCAGGAGAGCGUCAAGAUCUGGGACCUUGAGAGCAAGACCAUUGUGCAGGAUCUCAAACCUGAGACCACCACCACCAAGAAUCAGAUGCUGUACUGCACAAGCUUAACAUGGAGUGCAGAUGGUAGCACGCUGUUCACUGGUUACACUGAUGGAACCAUCAGAGUCUGGGAGAUACGAUACUAGACAUGGAGGAGCUAAUCCGAAACUCGCACUAUGCUUAUUUUUGCUUGGAGACAGACAUAAUGCUUGUUAGUUUUCGUUAUUCUGAUUGAUAUUUCUGGCAAUUUAGUUUGUUGUUCUUUGGAAUUUUAAGUAGCUCUUCGAAGCUAUUCUCAUUUGAAAGCUGUGAUACAGUUCCUUUGAUUUCAUAGUAAUUGCUAUCAUUAAAUUAUCUCGUCCA